AUGGAGAAAAUGAAAAUGGACAAUAAUUGUCAAAAAAAGGACAAUUUACACGACAUUGGAGAUAAACAGCACAAAAAUGAAGACCAAAUGGAGACACAGACACUUUAUAAGAAGCUUCAGAGCUUGACAAUCACUGUAGAAGAGCAGACAGAGACCAUAUCGACCCAACGAGCAGCUUUUUUGCUGCAGAAAAAAGAGCUAAAGACGAUGUUAAAGGAGAUGCAACAAAUGUUGCACAAGGAGAAGAAUAAAGUGCUGGAUGCAGUGUUAGAACAACAACAAAUCAAGGAAAAAUACGAGCUCCUAGAAACUCAAGUGGAUAUGUUAAAAGAGAAAAAAUCAUACUUGGAAAAAGAGAUGAAGGAGAUGGAGAUACAAUUGGAGACUCAGGCACGGACAAGCAGUACUUUGACACAACAAUUGAAGGAGAAAGAGGAGGACAUAUUGAAGUGGAAGCGUGAAGAAAUGUUACAGUUUGAUGAAAAGAGAAAUGAGUUGAUGGAAGAAGUAAAUGUUCGAUUGAGACGGGAGAAGGAAGUAAGGGAGAAGGAAUUGUACGAUACCUAUGAGCAAAAGAUGCUCGAAUUGCAAGGGGAGAAUGAACUUUUAAAGGUGGAAUUGAAUUGUGAGAAGGAGAAGAAGUUUCGAGAUGAAGAUGAGAUACGAGAACGACACGAGAGAGCGUUGAAUGAGCUGGAGCGAAACUGUGCCGAGCUGAAGGCACAUAUUGCAGACAUGGAGUCCGAGCGAACUGCUGAUGUGAAGAAGUACGAAGAAGCAUUGAAAGAGGCCGAGGAGCAGCACGCAACGACGGUGAAGAGCCUGGAAGUGAAGUUGGUGGAAGUGCAGAAACAACUUGCAGCAUCGAAGGCAAACCGAUCAACAGAGAGACAGGAGUACGAGGAAAAUCUUGCUGAAGUUUUGAAAAAGCUGCAGGAUCAGCGAGAGGAUCGAGACCAACAUGUGUCGACGAUACGUAGGUUGCAAAGUGACUUGGAAGUAGCGCAAACACAAUUGGAGAUGUCUAAAGCGGAAUUGGCUAAGGAAGUAAAGAACAACCAGGAAAGGCUUAAUGGUAUGCUGCAACAAUUGCGUGAUCAGCAACAUAAUGAAGAGCGAAAUGCGAUGAUUGUGCGCGACCUAGAAAGCAAGUUGUCAGAAGCUCAGUUGCAGUUUGGCGACAAAGAGACUAAUCUUCUCGCACGACUGAACGAGUACGAGAAAAAGCUGAUUAAAACAUCACAAAUUGCUGCACAGCAUGAGGAUACUACUCGAAUGUUGGCUUUGAAGAACAAGACGCUUCAGCAGGAAACUUGUGAAGCUCGGCACACGUUGAAGCUCAUGACUGAAGAAUUACAGUCUCCCAAUCGGUCUGAAGAUCAGAGGGAACCGUCUUAUGCGACGAAGUCUGUCCAUGAUUCGUCUACGCUGGACGCAUUCCAUGGUCGUACAGAUGACGAAAUCACUGGCAUGUCUCCAUGGAGGUCUUGGGACUUGUUGCGUUCUGGGAUCAAGGAGAUAGAUGGUUUCUUGCCGCAACUUCAGACGUUAUUGGGUGCGAUGAACGAUGCGCUCAUAUUGUGCGAUACUCACGCAGAUGCACUUCCUGUAUUGUGUGAGCGUCUUGAACGUGAAGCGGCGAGCGAGAAAGAGCAGCUACCAAUUUUGACUACCGCGUUGCGCUUGCUGCGUUUUGCGGGAAUGUUGAAGGCUCGAACGCAAGAAGAAGAAGAAGUCAGUGUAACUGCAGACUUUGUGCAGUCGUUUCGUAAACGCGUGCUGAAUGCUCUUGCACAGUGGUAUGAGUGUGACGCUGGCGACAACGACCAAGGCGAGAUAAAGCCAAUGCCGACGCCAACGUUUACUACUACAUCGCGUGAAACUGCGCUUAUCCUGCAAAAUUGGACUGACGACCGAACAAAACAGCUUGGAGUGAGAAGAUGGCUAGCACGGAUGGAAGCUUACCCAGGCGUCCCUCCACUGCGAGGGGCAUCAUCCAACAGAGUGCUCGAGCUCCCGCCUGAAGGAUGCACACUGGAGCUAGACGACAUGACAUCGGAGGUAAAGGAUGCUUUUCUGCUCCUGGUGAUUCCUAUCCUCAAGCAAAAUCGAGCGCUACACGUGCGCGUCUUCAUUCGGUACGUAUGUAACAAGGAAGCGAUGCUGAAGCAGCAAGAGGGCGAUGAAGAAGUUGGUAUCGAGAAAGUAUGGAGUAUGCGGAUCCACGCACAAAGCACAGUCACCCGACCCCGCCCUUCCUCUCUCAAGUUGUCGCCGAGUUCUCGCGGUUCACCGAGUCCUUUAGCGCCUACAUCUCCUGCCUCGUCAGUGUCGUCACUUUCUAGUACUGCAAGUUCACGACUGCAGAUUAUCCAAGAAAGGUUGCAAUACCUACACCACAACGUUUAA